AUGUGUGCAAUCAAUCCAAAUACCCUGAAAAUCCUGGAAAUCAUAAAAUUGCUAAAAUCUAAAAUUAGAUCCCUCAACAUUUUCUAUUUUCUUGUUUUUAUAACCGAUACAAUCACAUUCCACUAUCCUCCCAUCUGUUAUUCGCUCUUCCUCGCCGGCCAAUCAGAUGUCCCCAACCAAAUCAUCUUACAACAAUAA